AUGCCGGUGUACGCCGUCACGUUCAACCAUUUGUCCGAAGCCCGUUCGCAGGACCCCGGCGACAUUUACGUCCAGUCGGCCUUGCGGAAAAACGUGCGGGCGCGGAUGAUCAAGCACGAGACGCCUGGGUUUGCGCUAGAGUGGGCGUGCAACUUCCACAACACCUAUCACCAGGGUAGCCGCCCGACGUUCAUGCAGGCGAUCUUGCUUGCGUUGAAGCUCGAGGCGGCCUGGCAGGCGCACGCGGACAAGAAGCAGAUCCCCACGUCCGGGAACCCUCAGUACGAGAAGCUGUACGAGGAGUUCGUUGAGCUGCGUCGAAAGGAGGAGGUCAAGACGGCCGACACGCGGAGCAGUCAGCUGCAUUCCUGGAAACAUUUGUGCAAUACCAAGGCCUUCGCGCACAAUUUGGAGCGCUAUGGGAUAUUCGAGGCGUUCCAAGAGUGGACCCGCCUUUACGUAAACUUUUUGGACGAGUCGAUUAACAAUUUCACGGUGAUCAACAUCAUGCACUCGUGGACCCUCAGCGUGAUCGCCUCGCUCGGCAAGUACUGGCCCAAGCCGGUCGUCGGCGCGUUCAUCCUCGAGGGCUUGAAGUUCUGCGUCCCCCUCCCCGAGAAGAUGUCCACGAAGCAGAGCGCCGGCCAGCGGCGCAUCCCGUGGAUAUUCCAGGCACCCUCGCAGCGCACGGGCGAUCUGUUCAAGCUCAUCCUGACACCGAUGCGCGAGUCAGUUGCAGCCAAGAAGCUCAUCGAGAAGUACGAGAAGCAGGCUGACGUCGCGGCGAGCGCGGCUGCCGAUGCUGCUGCAGAUGCCACGGCCACGCCCCCUGCCGAUCCUGGCUCCGUGCUCGACGGCCUCGGCGGCGGCGGCGCUCCUCCUGUAGGCAACGGCGGCUUUGUUGCCCCGCCAGCCUCGAAGAAGCGCCGCAAGGGCAAGGGCAAGGGCAAGGGCAUCGCGCCCGGCCAGGCGGCGCCGCCUGGGACUGCGGCGGCGGUCACCGUCAAUGCUGAGCAGUUCGUUGUCAUGACGCAUCCGAUCGUUGCGUCCGACUCGGCGAUGGAGCGCCCGACGACAGCUGCUGACGACCUGAUGCACUCGGUCGAGUACCAUUGCCACGGCGCAUCCGAUGACUGUCGCGAGAAGGUCAGGCAGACGGUCGUCUCGCUGUUCCUCCAGUUCACCUUCUCGAAGGGCGUCGCCAUGAACGCCAAACUCGUGAAAUCGCACAGCAAGUUCAGGGAUGAGGCGGUGGUGCUCAUGAAGCUUAGCUGUCCUGUCCGCGCUGCUGCUUCUUCGGGCGGCGGCGCCGCGCUGUCGAAGGAUAACCUGGCGGAGUUCGCGGCCGCCGACCCCGAGCGCCUCGCACAGGAGCUGGUGGCCCGCUGCAGCAGGCCCGUCGAGGAGACCGUCGGCGGUGGCGACGACGGCGACCUCUCGCUCGAGGAUGUUAAGGCGAUGGUGACGGCGGUUUCCGCAGACAUCAACACGUUCGUCGUCGCGAACGCCCACUUACCGACUACGAUGCACGCGCAGCUUGGCAGCCUCAUGCGCGCGGCAGCCACGCUCGACUCCUUCGACUUGGCUGCGUUCGUCAGCGUGAUCGACCAGCACCUGCCAUUCGCGUGUUUCGAGGCAGCGUCGGCCGUGUCGGCUUUUGCAUCCAAGGCGGGAUCACUCCCGAGCUUCGUGACUUCGUUAUUCCCGACGCAGACCGCGCUCGAGGCGUUCCUCCGCACGCGCGCGUGCUACGUGGCGGCCACUCUCCACUCGCUGUUCGUCAUGAAGAAGCUACCGACUGACAUCACGCCUGGCAUCGUCCAGCUCAAGAGCGCGUUCAUCGAUGACCCGGCCCUUCUCUCAGACACGAUGUGGGCCACGUUCAUUGGCCUCGAGGCUUCUACCAACGAUGCGGUGAAGUGGCAAGCGGUAUGGUCGACUGUACUCAAGUGCGAUUCGUCAACGGAGCUCCGGGGCGCCAUCUCGCGCAUGAAGUCGACCGCUAUCAGCGCAGCCGAGCAGGUGCAUCGGGCGUCGACCGCCACCGGCGAGGCGACACUGCCACCCCCGCUGGCGGACGCGACUGGCAGUGCUGUCGCCGCCGCGCCGCCCGCCGCGGACGCAGGCGCCGCUGCUGCGCAGACUGAGGCCCAGGCCAUCGCUGACGCGCCUGGCGCGGUCGGCGCGGUCGGCGGCUGUGCGCCGGUGGUUGGGAGCCGCGCGGACGGGAGCUCUUCGAUCGAGGUCCCUGUGCGGCAGCUGUGCAACUACUUCGCGCCGCAGCUUCGCGCGACGCCACGCGCGUUGAGCGAUUCCGACAUGGCCAAAUCGCUCAACAUCGAGGUCGACGGCUUGCUUCUCAAGGCGGUCGAGCGGUCGAUGGAGUCGCUGCUGUGGAAGACGUUCCGCGAGUCGGGGUGCGCCUGCUUCCACGGCGAGCAGCCGAUCAGCACCAACGCCCUGUCCGAUCACAGCGGGCUGGGCGGCUUCAACAGCAUCUCGCUCGUCCUCGAGGAGAAGAACAAGACCUCGCUGGUGUGGACCCCGCCUGUGCUGUGCGAGGGCUCUACGGACGCGGCGAAGCUGUGCCUCCAGUACGUCGGCCCGGUGAGCCUCACCAGGAAGGACGCCGCGUCGUUCAUCCUGUGCGAGGUGUUCGGCGUGCCCCUCUACCUCAACCCGCCGAGCGCCGCCAAUGUCAUUAAUGGCCAGUUCCCGGAGCUCGCGUGGUACAUCAAGUCUGUCGCCAAGGCCGACUAG